AUGUGGGCCGUUUUGUUGCUCACGCUGGCCUUUUCUGCUACAAGAAUGACGGCAGAAAAAUAUGUCACAGAUAUUGCCGUUGAAGAGAGACCUGUAAUAGCCAAGGGCAUACUUAAGGUAAGUCUUAAAUGUGAAUGAUGUGGUGAUUAAAUGUGUGACAUUAAUUUACUCAUGUACUCUGUGAGAGCUGAACAUACCUUCAUUAAACGUUCAACAUAGGAUCAGGACACAUAUUUAUUGUUGAUACAUGAAGUCUUCACUAUCUUUGAUCUAACUGAGAAACACAUUAGACAUGGUGGUUGUGAAUGAAAAAUACUCAUUGUCUGUUUUUCCCUUAGGCUCCAAGUGUGGUUGGAUGAGCCAUCAAGAAGAUGCCUGAGCUCUAUACGUUUCUCAUGGAGCGAUGGGCAUUGUAGUAUCCUUCUAUUGGUUUCUGUGUAGAUCUCAAAUAGAUUUAUGAGGCUGGAUUAUAAUUUUAUUAUGGUUACUAUGUAGCUUUCUAAUGAUUUCUUGGGAGAUCAAGUUUGCAUUGUAUUGUAGUAUGUUAGCAUUACCUCAUAUGGUUACAUGGUACCUCACGUAAUCUUUUUCCAAAAUUGACCCAACCAAUAAAGCCUUUUAUAGUUUCUCAUGACCUUCCAGAUAAACAAGACAAUGUGUGUUAGCGACAACCCAGUUUUAUGCCAUCAUGAAUUGGCCUCAAACCACAAGUGGGUCCAACAAAGUUCUUCAAAUCCAUCAUGUGUCACUGUUCAAGUAUGUUGAAUGAUGUUUGAUCUCACUUGAAAUAUAUCCAGAAGUAGAUUGUUCUUGAAUUUGUUGGUGUUCUUGUAUCCUACGGGCGGAGAGUGAGCCUAGUCCUGGAUAAAAAAAAAUAAUGCUUAAUGGAGAAUCUUCACUGAAAUAGAUUUUUAGUCCAGGACUAGGAAUAAUCUGUGCUCAGGAAACUGGCCCUACAUGUGUUUUCCUUGAGCCUACUUUCCAUUGAAGUCACAACCUGGAAUAUGAUUCAGGGGAGGAGAAGAAUCCACAUCUGAUCUUCUACAAUGAUAAGGAUGAGGUUGUUCAGGUAAGAUAUGAUACCCAUUGAAGGUGUUACAUAUUGUAGCAAAUUCAGGGGGUAGCUCUGGCUGGGACUUGAACCCAGGUUCAGUGACCAUCAAGCCAACACGUUAACCAUUACGCCAAGAGCUCCGAACCUCUUGACAAAGUCUCUGGGUGUUCAGUUAAGGUUGUUACAUUAGCCCCUUCCUUUGGGAGAGCUUGUCCCCACACUUCUCUAUACCAAGUACCUUACAUGUACAUGCCUCUCCAAAGGCCUCAUGGGCGUCAUCCCACUUCUGACACCAAUGUAGUGGAUUUGGGGGUAGGCCUGACAGGGCCUCAAACCCAGGUCCAGCGACUGUAUAGCCAACACCUUAACUCUUACGCUAAGAAGUCAAAACUUUUUGACUAAUGUUGUGUUAAGAUCGCUAUAAUAUUGUCUAAAGGUCAGACAAAGAUUAUCAGCUAAAUGAUUGGGGAAAUAACAUCUAUUUUAUGACCUUGACUCAAGCAUGACAAGAUUAGAGGGGAAUAAAUAACUAUUGCAAGAAGACAUUACACAAUAAAAAAAUAGGAACAUAUAGGUGUAAUCUGAAAACAGUUCAAGAGAAAGAGACAUGACAGUGAUGUUGUAUAUCUUACAUUAUGGUUGCCUGCCUGUAAAUGCAAGCAUUUUGUGUGUGUGUGUGUUGUAUCAGACUGUCCCUGUAAAGAAGAUGAAGGUGGAUGAGAUCAGCAGUCUGCUGGACUCACUGGGUUUCUACAAGAGAUCUCAGAAGGGAGAGGAGGUGCCUGAGGAGUUUCAGUACUUUCCCCUGCAUGCCCCCAGGGAUGAGCUGUGA